GGAGGAGGAGGAGGAGGGAGAGAGCAGGGGGGACCCAAGAGCAGUCUCGCCCUCUUCCCUCCCCCAGCCUCCGUCGCCCCACGGUCGCCCCGCAGACGACAGGAGCGGAUGAUGCUGCAGUUGGGCAAGGUCAAAACCUUGCACUGAAGCCCCGCGGCGGCGCCCACACCUUUCCCCGGGCUUGAGGAUUUGGCUAUUUGGGGGGAGAGUGCAUGUUUGGGAGGAAGCAGACAGGCUCGACGCCUCUCGGAGCUAUGCCUGUUCCAGAUCAGCCUUCAUCUUCAGAAAAGAGUAGUUCCUUGAGCCCCGUGUUGAAUGCGUCCAAUGGGGAUGGCUCUGAAACCGAGACCACCUCUGCCAUUCUUGCUUCCGUCAAAGAACAGGAACUCCAGUUUGAGAGACUGACCCGAGAGCUCGAGGCUGAGCGCCAGAUUGUAGCCAGCCAACUGGAGAGAUGUAAGCUUGGAUCGGAGACCGGAAGCAUGAGCAGCAUUAGCUCAACAGAAGAGCAGUUUCACUGGCAAACACAAGAUGGCCAGAAGGACAUAGAGGAUGAGCUCACGACUGGUCUUGAGCUGGUGGACUCCUGUAUUAGAUCCCUGCAGGAGUCGGGAAUACUUGAUCCACAGGACUAUUCAACUAGCGAAAGGCCCAGCCUUCUCUCCCAGAGUGCACUUCAGCUCAAUUCUAAACCUGAAGGGUCUUUCCAGUAUUCAUCCAGCUACCACAGCAAUCAGACCCUUGCCCUUGGUGAAACCCCACCAUCUCAGCUCCCAGCCCGCAGCAGUCAAGCCAGAGCUGCCAUCCAGAGCUUCAGCCAGGGCGCAACUAGCCGAGCAGCCCAUUUAGCUGGAUCGGACCCUUCUCAAUCACAUGCUGCCUCUCAGUCAAGAGAGUCCUUUGUGCAGAGCCAUGGGAGUGCGUUCCAUUUGCCUGACUCCCAGCAUUCUUCAGCACUUUAUUAUUCCAGCUCUACUCUGCCAGCACAGAGAGUGAGCUCUCCCUUGUCCAUGCAGCAGGUAGGCUCGCCCACCAAGCUCCAGCGGGUGGGCUCGGCCUCCGAGAGCACCGGAUAUAACACCACGCAGCGGGUCUCCUCUCCUAAGCAGUCUCCGAGCCGGCUAGCCAAAUCGUAUAGCACCAGCUCUCCCAUCAAUAUCGUUGUGUCUUCAGCUGGACUUUCUCCUUCCCCAAUCCGGGUGACCUCUCCACCAACCAUUCAGUCCAAUAUUUCAUCCUCACCGAUACAUCAGCUGAGCUCAACCAUCGGCACUUACGCCACCCUCUCUCCUACCAAACGUCUAGUCCACACGUCAGAUCAGUACGGCAAGCAUUCCCAGGAACUCUAUGCCACUGCUACUUUGCAGAGACCUGGCAGUUUAGCAGCUGGGUCGCGGGCAUCUUACAGCAGCCAGCAUAGCCAUCUUGGCUCUGAGUUGAGGGCACUGCAGUCUCCAGAGCACCAUAUAGACCCUAUUUACGAAGACAGAGUCUAUCAGAAGCCCCCUAUGAGGAGUCUCAGCCAGAGCCAGGGAGACAAUCUGCAACCAGCACUCACAGGCACCUAUCGCACGAGCACAGCCCCAUCUUCCCCCGGUGUCGACUCCGUCCCCUUACAGCGCACAGGAAGUCAGCACGGCUCCCAGAAUACAGCAUCGACCUUCCAGAGGGCCAGCUAUGCUGCAGGCCCUGCCUCCAAUUACGCAGACCCGUACCGACAGCUGCAGUACUGUCCUUCUGUCGAGUCACCGUACAGCAAAUCCGGGCCUGCCAUUCCACCGGAGGGGACCCUGGCUAGGUCGCCUUCAAUUGAUAGCAUUCAGAAAGAUCCCAGAGAAUUUGGUUGGAGAGACCCAGAACUUCCUGAAGUUAUCCAAAUGCUGCAGCACCAGUUCCCUUCAGUGCAGUCGAACGCCGCUGCCUAUUUGCAACACCUGUGUUUCGGAGACAAUAAAAUUAAAGCAGAGAUAAGACGGCAAGGAGGCAUUCAGUUACUCGUGGAUCUUUUGGAUCAUCGGAUGACGGAGGUCCACCGUAGUGCCUGUGGAGCGUUGAGGAACUUGGUGUAUGGGAAGGCAAAUGAUGACAAUAAAAUUGCCCUGAAAAACUGUGGCGGCAUCCCAUCAUUAGUACGGUUACUCCGCAAGACGACUGACUUGGAAAUCCGAGAGCUGGUCACAGGGGUUCUCUGGAAUCUCUCUUCUUGUGAUGCCCUUAAAAUGCCAAUUAUCCAGGAUGCCCUCGCAGUGUUGACCAAUGCAGUGAUUAUCCCUCAUUCCGGAUGGGAAAAUUCUCCACUCCAGGAUGAUCGUAAAAUUCAACUUCAUUCAUCACAGGUGCUGCGCAAUGCCACUGGGUGCCUAAGGAAUGUCAGUUCUGCUGGAGAAGAGGCCCGCAGAAGAAUGAGGGAGUGUGACGGACUUACUGAUGCUUUGCUCUAUGUGAUUCAGUCUGCUCUUGGGAGCAGUGAAAUUGAUAGCAAGACCGUUGAAAACUGUGUGUGCAUUUUGAGGAAUCUCUCUUACCGGCUUGCAGCAGAAACAUCUCAGGGACAGCAGAUGGGAACGGAUGAGCUUGAUGGAUUACUGUGUGGAGAUGCCAAUGGCAAGGAUGCUGAGAGUUCAGGGUGUUGGGGCAAGAAGAAGAAGAAAAAGAAAUCCCAAGACCAGUGGGACGGAGUUGGACCUCUCCCAGACUGUGCGGACCCACCAAAAGGAAUCCAGAUGCUGUGGCACCCUUCUAUCGUGAAACCCUACCUCACACUUCUCUCCGAGUGCUCAAAUCCGGACACACUGGAAGGCGCCGCGGGGGCCCUGCAGAACUUGGCCGCCGGCAGCUGGAAGUGUCCUUCGUAUUCUGUCUUUUUACAGUGGUCAGUGUAUAUCCGGGCUGCCGUCCGCAAAGAAAAAGGCCUGCCCAUUCUGGUGGAACUGCUGCGAAUAGACAAUGACCGGGUGGUGUGCGCAGUUGCUACGGCUUUACGGAACAUGGCCUUAGAUGUCAGAAAUAAGGAACUGAUAGGCAAGUACGCCAUGCGAGACCUGGUCCACAGGCUUCCCGGUGGGAACAACAGCAACAACUCAGCCAGCAAGGCCAUGUCCGACGACACGGUUACUGCUAUCUGCUGCACUCUGCAUGAAGUGAUAACAAAGAACAUGGAGAACGCCAAGGCCUUACGGGACGCCGGCGGCAUUGAGAAGUUGGUUGGCAUCUCCAAGAGCAAAGGAGACAAACAUUCUCCUAAAGUGGUCAAGGCAGCAUCUCAGGUCCUAAACAGUAUGUGGCAGUACAGAGAUCUGAGAAGUCUCUACAAAAAGGAUGGAUGGUCGCAGUAUCACUUCGUAGCCUCAUCUUCGACAAUAGAGAGGGACCGGCAAAGACCCUACUCUUCUUCCCGCACCCCCUCCAUUUCUCCCGUGCGCAUGUCUCCCAACAACCGCUCAGCAAGUGCCCCAGCUUCACCUCGGGAAAUGAUCAGUCUAAAGGAAAGGAAAACAGAUUACGAAUCAACUGGAACAAACGCCACCUACCAUGGAACUAAAGGAGAACACACUUCCAGGAAAGACACUAUGACAGCUCAAAAUACUGGAAUUUCAACUUUGUACAGGAAUUCUUAUGGUGCACCAGCUGAAGAUAUCAAACAUAACCAGGUUUCAGCACAGCCAGUUCCACAGGAGCCCAGUAGAAAAGAUUACGAAACCUUCCAGCCCUUUCAGAAUUCGACGCGAAACUACGACGAAUCCUUUUUUGAGGAUCAGGUUCACCAACGCCCACCCGCCAGUGAAUACAACAUGCACCUGGGACUCAAGUCAACUGGCAACUAUGUCGACUUCUAUUCAGCUGCUCGGCCCUACAGCGAACUUAACUAUGAAACAAGCCACUAUCCAGCCUCUCCAGACUCCUGGGUUUGAGACUGGGACGAGAAGACAAAAGCUCCAAGAACUGUGCAUGUGCAUGCAUAUACCACGAGACAUUUUUUCCUGCAAAUUUAGUUUGUAAAGCCUGUUCCAUAGAAAGGCCCUGAUAACCAGUGCGGAAAUAUUAAGAAAUUUUAGAAGGCUAAUCGCAUUGAAAAUUAACCUGGAGGUCAAUAGAAAGAAAAUUUCCUAAAUAUUACAGUGGGGGACAACUUUCCCGGCGGCCGGUAAAGUCUAAAAGAGCGCUGCUGAAUUCUGAAUGUGGUCGAAGGGAAGAGGGUGGAGGAAAUGGCAGUGGAGAUUGUAGGAUGAGAGGGUUAUGCUAAGCACAAGAAACAGACUAGUUUACAUACUUUAUGGGGGACAGCUUCUCACACUUCGUUUACUCUCCUCAUUCAUUGUGAAUCUAGGCUUCAAGUUGCAUUUGGGGUUCCUCUGUACAGCAAGAUGUUUCUUGCCUUUUGUUAACGCAUUGUUGUAAAGUAUUUGAUGUACAUUACAGAUAAAAAAAAAAGUGCAUUGUGUAUAUUACACCAAUGCCACAGUGUUUCUUCAUCUAUGGUUCUGAAUAUUGCUUCAAUUUCAAAAUUUUGAAAAGAUGUAUGGAUUUCCAGUUCUUUUCUUUUCCCCAGUACGUUUUAACAAAAACAAAAAAAGGAAUAUUUAGCAGUAUUGUUCGUUCUGAUAUGUGAAUUUGUUUGUGGCAACUAAAAACAAGGCAUUCAGCAGUUUCUGACAGUUAACAUACAUCAUUCCACACUCCUUGUCAACAAAGUGCUUUUUCACUGCCUAAAAUUUUAGAUGUAGAUAUUUGAAAUAGAUUUUUUUCAUUUAUACCAGUUUUCUUUAUGAUGAUACAGUGUUAAAAGAAAAUAAAUUACAAUUGAUCUGUCAUCCAUAUUUGCUAAGAAUGUCUAUUUCCAAGAAUCUGGCAUACAAAAUGCACAUUCUUGCUUGGUGUAUGUGUGUGUGCGUGUGUGUGUGUCCAUGUAUGUAUAAUAAUCUGUGUGUGGUUUUUUGAUAUAGGAGUUAUUUUGUUUGCUGUUCUCCUGUAUAAGCUUUGUUACUACUUUUCUAAUAGAAACUUUCUUCAGUUUGUUCCUUUGUACUGUAUCCACUAGACUGACCAUUUAGUGACUCAGGAUACCAGGCCAGUUGAAGUGGAGUGGCAGAUUUAUUACUCAUACUCUCUUAAAGACCUUUCCCUUCCAUGUUCCUAACAAACCAUCCCUUCUCCCACGCUCCCAGGAAAGAGGAGAAACUCAGCCAAUUAGGAGUUCUACCAUCGGAUCAUCCAUCAUGGGACCUUCUCCCCUCCCUCUCUGAGGCACUAUUCCCACUAUUUCCAGCCACGAGACUCUAAAUUGGACUUGAAGCUACGGUUAGGACAGUCCUAAACAGAGAAGAAAACCCAGGCCAGCCGUGUUGUGUUUUGUGUUAUAUUUUUUUUCGAAAAUCAGAUGGAUGUAUGUUCAUCUUUAAAAAAAAAUUGCUGCUUACCUCCCCACACAAUUUAAUUUAGCCCAAAGCAAAAAAAGCAAUAGUCCUGUUUUCCAAGUUGGACUUCAAAUAACAAUAAUUUACUCUUCCAGAGUUUGGAAAUUAAAAAAAGUUUACCUCUAUGGGCAGUAAAUACUCCUCCCACCUUUCAGAGAGAAUGCCUUCAGCUCCAUUUACUCAACUAGAUCAAUUGCAAAUGAGAAUAAGUUAAUUGAAAAGUCUGCUCAUUAAAUAAUUUGUGUCAGUUAACUUUCUUUUUCUGAAAUUCCUCACCUGUAAUAUUACCAUUUAAAACCAAAUUGUCACUCAUGGGAUUCAUGAAAAUUUUUACACUUCACUUGUGUUAUAACGUACAGAAAUAGUAUAGACCAUAGAAGCAGAUAUUGUGAUAUAGAGAUGGUUUAUCAGUAUCUUAGUACUGUUGUUUAAACUUUCCAAAAUAUACAAUAAAAACAUUAACAAUUUUUAGUAGUCAAGGGAAAAAUGAUAAUAAAUGCAUGUGAUCAAAGGACUGUAGGGACGGUUGUAUAUUCCGGUAGAUUAAAGUACUACUAACAGAAUCUUUCUAUUUUCUUUAUGAUAUUGAUUUUUUAAAUUGUAGGCAGCAUUUACCACAUUUUUGGACAAGGCCCAUUUUCAGUAGGCUGAAGGGGAACCAAUUCUGUAACGAGAAAUCAGUGCUGCCAACUACAAUCACCAAGAGCCUUCUGGGACCCCUGAAAGGGAACUAGGUGGGGUGGACUAAAAAAAAAAAAAAAGCAGUGACAGACAGCCAGUAGACAGAACCCUUUCUCUCUCACUCACAGGGCAAUGUCAUUAGCUGGAAAAAUGCAGGGCUUUUUUUUUUGUUUGGUUGGUUUUUUUCUUUUCUUAAAUCGGGUUUACGUGAUCUGUUAAAGUGACCUGAAUGCCCAACUAGGUACCCUUAAAAAAUGAACCAGCAACUGAAAAGAGAUUCAUUACAUGAGAUAUAUUGGAUUAAAUGCACCCAAUGACAUGAAACUUUUGGUUUGGUUUCUUGUUUUCAUUCUUCUGAAGUGAUGAAGUGUGCCCUAAAGGAAUGACUCUUCCUUAAAAGUGGGAAAACUCACUGUUAUCUUUUCCCAGUCCUGAACCUUUAUUUCAGCUUCCCACUCUAAAAAGACAUAUCUAGUCCAGAUGUUUUGAUCAGAAGAGAAAAGCGGACAUGACUAAUAAAUAUUCCUUCCCGUUCCUUCCCACCAGAGUAGGCCACAAACGUAUCCAUUGCAUUGGCUGUAAUGUAAGAAGCAGUGAUCUAAAGGGGAAAAAGGGCCUCCUGAUCCGCUAUGUCCACAAAAUUAUCUUUAUUGUUUUACUAAGACAAUGUUGAUCACAAGGAUGGAUUAACUAACAGUUAAGUUGCACUACCAAAAGCAAUACUGAUUUUUAAAAGAUGACAUUUUAAGAACUGGUUCUAUCUAGUACCAUUUAAAUGCUGCAGUAGACUUUGAUCAUGUAUACAGUGUCAAAUUUUAAGACUAUAAAAAUCAAAUGGACAUACGAUGUUAAGCUAUUCAUGGUGCUAACCUGUGGUAAAAGCCAACUCAUACUGACAUAUUUUCUAUUAAUAAAAGUUACAUUUUCUGGA